GGUGGUUCAAACAAGCUAUUUUUAUCAAUUUUUUAUAAAAAUGUUAUCCGCGAGUGUCAAGGUGCAACCAAUAUAUUAUCAACAACCAUUUACGAUCCGAAGCGCUGAUAUCGUUGAUACUGGGAAUAUCCUUCACGCACAAACCUUACUCAGUCUGUAUGUAUUAACUAGUAUACUUACACGAAGUGAUGUGAUGACCUUUGAUUAUUUUUCCGACUCUCGGAUUCGGAUAAACAGUUUUUUAAUCAGUAGCAUUAACUAUAUGAUUAAUACGGUGUUAUGGCCAAGGGAGUCUGCAUCCAGACCAUUUCACUAUGGGAGCAAACACGAAUACAUCUUUCCUGUGUCAUGUUUGGCUUAUGGGUUGUUUUCAAGAGGUUAGUUAAGUGGCUGUGCAAUCCAACUAGCAAGCGCAAUUUUACAGUUAGAGAUAGUCCACCGAGUUGUCUGAUCGAUUCAUCGUUAGGUCAACACAAAUACAUAAAAAUAAAGGGCGUCAAAUUUCAUUACGUGGAAUGCGGAAACAAAGAUCAACCUUUACUUCUGCUUCUACAUGGAUUUCCAGACUUCUGGUUGGGUUGGCGGUACCAGAUCCCGAUACUCUCCGUAAAUUUCCGAGUGGUAGCACUGGACCUUAAAGGAUUCGGAGACUCGGACAAACCAGUUUGGCGGAACAAUUACCGACUGGAUACAAUUUUAGAGGAACUUAGAGAAUUUAUUUACUCGUUGGGAGUGAACAAUUGUAUCGUUAUAGGUCAUGAUCUGGGUGGGCUUCUCGGAUGGUACUUAACCCACCAUUUACCAUCGCUCGUUACAAAGUUUUUUGUGAUAGCGUCUCCUCAUCCCAACUAUUACUGGAAAACGUUCAAUAAAACUGGACCUUACGAAUGCAUUAAAUUCGUACAUUUGCCGUAUUUACCGGAAAUAGAUAUAAAAAAUAACGACAAGAUUAUCGAUCAAUACUAUAGCCACCUGGUCGCUAAAGACAUGCAACUGGAGGCGUAUAAAUACACAUUCUGUAGAAAAGAAGACUGGUCCGGUCCAAUAAACUAUUACAGAAACUUAGCGUUUUCUAAAAUCGAUGACGAGAGGGAGAUAGCGGUGCCUGUAAUUGUAAUAUACGGCAGUAACGAUAAAGUGGUGGAUUUAAGGGGGGUAGUGAAAUCGACGGAAUUUUGCACACACUUCCGCAUUAAAAUUGUCGACGGUUGCGGCCAUUUUCCGCACCAGGAAAACCCCGAAGCAUUUAAUAAUAUUCUGUUAAAAUAUUUGUCGGAACCAAAGACUAAUAAAAAUACGGCCGAACCUCAUUCGACGAGGUUACUCAAUGGUUUUUUGGGUGCUGUGUCGAAUACCGUAAAAUAUGGCACUUCCGUGAUCGGAACCGUACAAAAAAAGACCAACGGGGUAGUAAACAGCAUCCCCACCUUCUCUUCGAAGUAAUUUAUAUUUUCCUAGAAUAAGCUAGUUACCUAUAUAUUUAUUGUUAUUUGUGUACGAUAAGAAUACUCAGUAGCUUUAAAACUUUCUUUUCAGUUUUUUUCAAGUUAAUUUUCUCCCGUCGAGUUUUUAAAAAUAAAUUUUUAA